AUGCUUGCUGCCUGGGAUUUCCCGGAGCUAGCCCAGGGCCGGCUAGCCCGCUGUAGGAUGGGGCGAGCGGUCUGCUGGCUGCUGCUCCUGACCCAGCUGAUGCUGGCCUGGGGUCCGCAGGCACAGCCGCUCGCUUCCCCGGACUCGGGCCCGCACCUGGACUCGGGCUGGGAACAGACGAUCCGCUUCCUGUACCUGUACACCGAGCAGAGCAAGAGUAACGCCGGCAGCUGGCACCUGGUGAUGAACCCGGACGGUACCGUGGGCAGCAGCGGGGAGCGCAGUGCGUACAGUCUCCUGGAGAUGAGGGCGGUGGCGCCGGGGGUGGUGGCUAUCAAAGGCUACCUGAGCGGGCGCUACCUGUGCAUGGAGACGGAGGGCAGGUUGCUCGGCUCGCUGACCUAUAAUGAAGCUGACUGUUCAUUUAGGGAGCGCCUGGUGUCUGGCUCCUACAACAUGUACUGGUCGGAAAAGUACGGAGCUGCUGUGUCCCUGAGCAACAGAAGGCAACGAGGAUACACAAGAGGCAGGCCAUUCCCCCCUCUCUCUCAUUUCCUGCCCAUCCGGAACACACAACCUCUCCCCCCGGUCCCUGCUGAUCAGUCCAGGGACACCCCUGAACUUGACUCGCUGCCGUCUUCAGUGAUUCAGAUCAACAGCAUGGACCCUUUGGACUUCACUUACGAAGCCACAUGA